AUGUCCAAGAUGUUGAAGUUGGACUUGUAUACCGGAACUAGUUCUUCAUCUUCCGCUUACCCGUCGCCCCGAUGUACAAGCAACUACGCUUCUUUUCCCGAUGAAACACGGGCCCGAGAGCAACAGCGACUGCUACGGGGGGCGGAAGUAGUAGACGCAAAUACUCCAGCACCAGUAGCAGAUGAUCCUGCGGGUGGCAGUGCUGCGGUCGCGUUCCUGCACGACCUGCACGACUACAUGAAAGCCACGCUGGUGCGGAUAAAAACAACACCACUGAAGGUUACAUCGAGCUUUUUUUCAAAAUCAAAAUGCAGUAGUAGAGCUAACAGAACCAGAAGGAAGCGAAAGCGACCCAAAGAACCACCUGGACAGAAAUACCCUUGUACUCCGAUGGCGAUUUCAGCGUCGAGGCUGCCAACCGCUUCAUCUUUCUUCCACAGAGACCGGAGAAAAAGGAAUAAGCACGACAAGAACUCCAUACCCGGGUUCUCUUCAGCUCAAGAAAUAAGAAAAACGAAAACCGCAGCGGCAUUAGCUCUUCUCCUCUCCCUCUUCUUCUCCAACCUGUACCAAAUUCUCCAUUUUGUCCAAGCAAAAAUCCCCGAUGUCGCCGUUGACCAACUCCGCAGUUCCCUCCCGAACGGGAAUUACAUGGUGAACAUGUUUGAACAGUGCGACAAGGUUCUCCUUUCCACCCCGGGAAGGCCGGACGGGUGUCAAAUUGACACGUAUUCCGCGGAGUACGCUUUUGAAGUUUUCAACCUGAAACGCUUGUUCGAAACCGAGAAGACGUUCUUAUUAACCACCUGUGACGGAUACAGAAGGGUCCAGUCGAACAUGAUGCUUGCGGAAACGAGCUGCAAAACCGCUUCUACCCCGAACUUGGACUACUGGCUAUCAAAAGGAAAAAUCCCCCCUCCCCAUAUCGAAAACGAAAAUUGUGAUGCUGUAUUUGAGUACACAAAUUGUAACGCUAGAAGGCCAAGAGACGCAGGCAAUUUGUCAUGCUGUUUCCCACUUUCAGCUGCCCCCUGUCAUGCUGAAGAUGCAAGGCUUCCCCACGCCAACCAGCACUACAGUCCGCAUCUUUUCCCUUCUAGCAUGACAAAGCUGAUUUGUGGCCACAAAUCUGCAUCGCAAUUUUCUAGUUUGAGUAUGGGGUGGGGGGAUUUUUCACUUUGAUACUGGCCUUUGGAGUGCAUGAUACUGCAGGCGGAAUUGGACCGGCUCUACUUGAACAAAACACUGGAGCAAAACAUCGUCUGCAACAUGCUGAUAUGCAUUGCAAAUAUUUCUGGGUCAUCUGGGAAAGUUGUGCAACCUGUCAUGCUAAGUCUGGAUCGUGCAAGAAAAGUCUGUGUUGCAGGAUUUCCAAAAGAUGUCUACUUUAUUUGACCAAGAAGUCGAGAGGUAGUUUCUCAUGCGGAAAAGCCAUGAUAAAGAUCGCACAGAAUGAUCUGUGAUGCCAGGGCAUGCAUCGCAGAUCUCACGCGUCAUGCAAAAUGUGCAUGACAAACCUUCUUGCACCCUUCCUGGACCAGACAUUUUUACAUUUGAUAGCUAACGCAGGGAAGACGCGACGCCAUGGCGGUGGAGGACGCAAGUCGGAUCAAUGUAUCAAGUGCAAAUAUUUCUCUCUCUCUGGAAAGUUGUGAUGCUAGUUUGCGAACCAUUUAGCAACCUACAAUAUGCGGACGCGCAUGGCAAGUUUUUGAGCGACGAGGUCGUCUUGCGUAAACUGCAUGAGAAACUUCGUUUUCGCUUUACAGAAGAAUAGCGCGAUAGCGCAACAUGCAUAACAGGUCUUUCUCUCCAGCCAGCAGAGCAUUACAAUUUCCAGAGCCAGACAUAUUCGCAACGCAUAGACCGUCGUGAACUGCAACCAGCUCGCGCACUCCAUGAUCACAAAAUACCACCCGUUUUUGUACCGGCCUCGCGUCGAGGGGAUCGACCACCUGUUCCCGCAGAAGUGCCGGGAGAGACUGUGCACCACGCAGAAGUUUUUCUACUCCAGGAUAAGGCCGAGGGCGGUGCAGAACUACACGUUGAAUGCGAGUGCGAACUUAGUGUACACGACGACCCCAGUGCCGGUGGUGGUCGUAUCAAAUGCGAAAAUGUCUGGGUCUGGGAGAUUCCGAGAUUUGUCAUGCAAUUUUUUCAAGCUCACCCACGUCUGGAAUGCAAGGCCUAGUAUCACAGGUUCUGCGGCUCCUCGGUGAUGCGUAUUCUGCAUGAGAAAUGCCCUCUCAGCACGGCCAGAAGUGGGCACCUUUUGCACGUUCUGCAUCACAGAUCUUUGUAGAAUCCGAAACACGCAUCACAAGUUCGGAUCCUUCCAGACCCAGACAUAUUUGCAUUUGAUAGGUCGUGAAUACGAGCAACGGGUCGAAUGGGACGACGCUGUUACUGCGGGAGCUGUAUCAAAUGUAAAAAUGUCUGGGUCUGGAAGAAUCCAACUUGUCAUGCUGAUUUUGGAUUCUAAAAAAAUCUGUAUUGCAUGAGCAGUAAAGAGGGUCCAAAUUUUGCAGCACGGAAAGAGCAUUUGUCAUGCGGAAUAGGCAUCAGGAAGCCCUCUCGAAAUCUGUGAUGCUAGGGCAUGCGUCACAGACUUGAGGAGUCAUGCGAAAUGUGCAUGACAAACCCGGCAAUCUUCCAGACCCAGACAUUUUUACAUUUGAUAAGCUACUGGGGGAAAGUGAAAGAACAAAAGGGUAUUCUUCAUCAUCUCUUGUCGAGCAAUACAGCCUGCAGCUGAGCGAGAAUGUGGAGCAGACAUUUUGGAAAGCGCGGAAGUCUUUGAACAACCAGGAUUAUAAUGGGCAGCUUGAGGAGCUUCUACACGGGGGGAAUAAUAAUAAACCAGCUGGAAAUUCAGGGUCAGGACUGCAUCCUGCCAACUCUGACGACGUCUUCCUUACGACCAAUACACAGAUGAGCAAGGAAAGUUGGAAACCGCGAGGGGAGCAGACAAGUGAAGCAUCAAGACGGCUCGUCGCCCACAGAGCUGUGGACGCGAAGAGCAGCAGCCCAAUAAGGGGAGACAAGGAAUCACGACAUGCAGCGAAGACGUCGAAACCAAAAGAAGCCAGGUCGUACAACCACGACCGCCCUCCUCUGCAAGACCACGCUUUGGUGAAAAACAUCAACGAAAAUUUCCUUCUGGAUUUUGACGGCGAGGUUAAGUUCGGAACACCAGCAGGUGAUAGCAAAAAUUAUCCGCAUGAAGACAAACACUUCGAGGAAGACUUCCAAAGGUACGACUCUCCCGUGCACUUCGAGUUCUACAGCGCGCUGAUCGAAACGCAUCGGGAAUUGCGGAGUCUUAUGGGAGUGUCAGGAUCGAAAUUGACAAAAUCGAAAAAUUUGUAAUGCAUAAAAUGUAGGGCGCGUAUGGCCUGUAUUGGGGAGCAGGCAAAUGAGACCGAUUGCAAGCCUGUUUAGGGAAGGCGAUGCGCUGCCGGAGUAGCAUGACAGGAGCAGUCUUCUUUGCCAAAACAGCAUGACAGGCUGGAUUUUGUUGCUCCCGAAAUUUAUCAUGCACCACUUGGAAACUGAGGCUCCAACUGGUGUCGAAUUUAUGCAUCACAAAUUAUUUCGAUUUUGUUGAUUUCGAUUCUGACGCUUCCAUAAGUCUGGGGGAGAGGCGCGACAAGGAUGAAGAGAACAAAUUCCUGAGAAAUAAUAAAGCGGAAGGUCAUACUAUCAGCAGUAAAUGGGCACCGAAACUGGAGGAAAAGACUACAAAGCGACUGCUUGAGGAGGCGGAGGAGAAGGUGGAAAGUGAAAAAUUGGAGAGAAAUAAUCGGAGAAAUCAACUCUUCGAAAAGUUCACACCCAUUCUCCACCUCAAACUGCGAAGUAGGACGCGAACAAAGACGAGAAGGUUGAAAAAAGAGAGCGGAAGUAGAAUAAGUGGCUCUUCGAAACAAGCACAAGCAGUUGCAGGGAAAAACAUCAAGAACCUCGAGCAGUACGUCAAUAGCCUGACCAUGGUCUUUGACCCGAUCAGUGAGCAACAGAAGCAGCUGCAGGCUGAAGCAGGAGGAUCCGCGUCGGUGAAGAGAAGAUUGGACAAUGAGAAUGAGCUGUAUAGAAGUGAUACCACCGAGGCAGCAGGCGGGCAUCAAAAUGAGCGAGCAAUAGUACCAACUAGGACAGCUGGCACAACAUCACACGACCCACUCCAAGCAGCACAAGCAAUUCCUCCUCCCGGUCUCCUACAGCUUCGCGCUCUCGACCAGCACAUCGGGACCACCCCGGCGUACACGCUCUGGCCCGAGAAUUUCUAUCUCGACGGUUGCGAGAAGAUUUCCUACAUGCCGUUUGACGAAUUCCAGUGCGCCGAAUACUUGGAGAACCGCGCGUUUUGCGAGUGCGUCAUCCCCCAACUGCAGAACGUAGACUUGCAGUUAGACGGCAACUGCUACGCGGAAUACGAACGGUACUUUCUCUUCGGCAGACGCGGAUUAGCCGAAGCGGUUCUGUCCGACGUGUGCGCGAACAGCCUCCGGUCGUUCAUCGUGCAGAUCCGGGAUUUCCCGCAAUGUUCCGUUGCGGACUUACCGAACGACCAGGAGAUGCCGUAUACGCCCUUCGCAAUCGAAAUGGCCGCCACGAAGGGGAUCGAGGAUGCAAACGUGGUGGGGAACAUUCAGUACAAUCAAAUGCUGGAACUGGCGAAGCAACUGCGAACGGAGAGGCCAUAUGCAUUGCAAAUAUGUCUGGGUCUGGAAACUUGUAAUGCUAGUUUGCGAACGAUGGGUGUACUGCAAUACGCAGCCACGCAUGACAAGUUUCUGGGCUCCUUUGUGUUUCGCUUUCCGCAUGGCAAGCUGCACUUUUGCAUGACAGGCAACAGGCUUUUUUCCUGCUCACGCAUGGCAGAUUCAACUGCCAUGUGAGACAAGCAUGACAAACCUGCACUCUUCCCGACCCAGACAUUUUUGCAAUGCAUAGGCCAAGUUGUCCCUGGCUACAAGAUAGUGGGGAGUCCUUGAUUAUGGAGUGCAUGGACCGGUUCCGCUGCCACGUGCAGUACGACGGCUGGGGCUGCUGUAUCAAGUCCUACCGCUUCGCCAUCGCCCAGCCGUGGCACUACGUGGAGGCCUACCACAGCGACCCGAAUUUGUGUUGCGUUAUCGCAAGAAAAAAGUGCUACAGUUACACAUUGUGUUGCAGGCCAAGCAAGACAGACAAGCUCUGUCAUGCCGGAUAUGCAUAGGAGCUUCGUUUCCUAGGUGUUUUCCCGUAGGAUUUCUGCAUUAUCUCAUGCAGAGAAAUUUGUGUUGCUGAAUUGACUACAAAUGUGUCACUGUAACACUUUUUUCGUGGGAUAUGCGUCCACAACGAAACGGUGAAUGCGCAGGGGGAAAUCGUGACGAUCUUCGAGCGCCCGAUUCCCAGUACGAGACCGGUUGGGAACCGCAGGUGUCCGCCCGAAGCGCCGCAGAUGUGCAACGAGUUGUCCUCCGGGGGUGCGGGGGACUUCAUCUGCCGAGCCGAGUGUCCUAUCAAAGGCAAAUAUGUCUGGGUCUGGAAAUUUGUGAUGCUGGGUGGCGUAUCAUGAUGAGGCCACAAGUGCUGGCCCGGCAUGACAUGUUUUGGAGUCUCUAGGUGUUGCCUAUUCUGCAUGACAGACUGCGUUUCUGCAUGACAGAAAAGCGAGGCUCUUGGGCAACGUGCAUGACAGAUUUAAGAGUCAUGCCAGACAAGCAUGACAAACAUGCAUUCUUCCAGACCCAGACACUUUUGCAUUUGAUAUGUCCGAAAAAGCGUUCUUGCUCGCCGAUCUUAUUCCCGGAGCCUCUGUUGAUGACGGCGACGAAUGACACGAAACCUUACCCGCUGAUGGAGUACCAGGGGAACGGCUGUUGCGUGUACGAUGACAUUAUGCAAUACAAAUUUCUAUUUCCCGUACAUGAUUUACAAGAUGCAUCUUCACAAAGUUCACCAACUUGGAACGUAAAACUUGUCAUGCUAAACUAGGAUCGAGGCCAAGUUUUGUCAUGCGGACACCGCAUUUGUACGUGUACGGGAAAUUAUUUACUGUGGAUAGACAUGUACGAAAUCGCGAUCAGUACCACGUCCAAAGUCGCCUGUCUCUUCCUCUGCGACAUUGACCCCGAUUGCCUCGGGGCGACGGUCUCCGCGGGGAAUAACGCAAACCUAUCAAAUGUAAAAAUGUCUGGGUCUGGAAACUUGUGAUGUUAAAAUGUGACUGGUGGACGGACUGCAAUACGCAGCCAAGCAUGACAAAUUUUUCAAUUACUGCUGUGCUUCGUUUUCCGCAUGGCAAGCUGCGUUUUUGCAUGACAGGCAAGAGGCCAUUUUCCUGCUCAUGCAUUACAGAUUUAUGAGUCAUGCCAGACAAGCAUGACAAACUUGCAUUCUUCCAGACCCAGACAUAUUUGCAAUCAAUAAAACCCUUGCCGGCACCACUUACUCGACCCUUUGCGACGGAAGAAGUUGACCGGUUUUCGGCUCGGUUGUCAACCAAGUUAUGCAUGGCAAAAGUAUCAUAUACUCGUAGUGCUGCAUUACAAAUUUUCUCAGCAUUACAAACCCAAGGAAGUUGUAGUGCUGAUUUAAGUCGAGAAAAACAUUGCAAUUGCUAGCCACUUACGAAGAUACUUUUGCAAUUCAUACGAGUCUGUCCGCAGCGAGCUUAGAGCGGUCGGACCAGGAUUGCUGGCUGAAGAAGAUCAUUUUAACUGUAUUACAAUGAAAAAUGCCCCAACCCCCGAACUUGGGAGCAUUUGUAUUGCAAACCUUUCCAAGUGAAACGCUCGCCCUCUUGCAUCUAUCAACAUCACAGAUUUCCAAUCAUGAUGAAUAGCGAAAAUUUGUAUUGCAAAAGAUCCCAGCAAGCGCGGCGCUUGUGAUGCAAGCAAUGCUAUAUACGCCUAGACUUUGCAUCACAAAGAUUCAUAUUCCUUUCAUGCAUGCAUUACAAAAACCUUUCAUUUGGAAACUUCGCAUCACAACUUAGUGCAACUUUGGGGGUGGGGGCGCUUUUCACUGUAAUAAACUGAGUCACCAACAGAGGACCGGGAGGAGACCGACGUGAUUCUGUAUUUGAUGAUCGCCUUGGGCAUCGUCGUUGGGGUAGCCGCCGCCGCGGGGCUGGCGGUGGUCGUUCGGUUUGGAUUGUUGGAGUUGGAGAGGCGGAAACGGUAUGCAUUGCAAAUAUGUCUGGGUCUGGAAGGAUGGAACUCGUCAUGCUGCGUCUCGAGGACAAAGAAAUCUGUGUUGCAGGAACGCCAAAAGCUGCCUAAUUCUUGCUAGGCAGAAGGCUGGCUCUCAUGCGGAAUAGGCACGAGGAAGGUUUGACGCAGAAUUUGUCAUGCUUUUGUGUGCCUGCCAGGAGACCAUGCGUGUGGUCCGCGAGAUGCAUGACAAAUCUCACACUCCUCCAGACCCAGACAUAUUCGCAUUUGAUAAACGGGAAAAGAGGAAGAGAAAAGUCGACCCGACGAAGUACGAAAUGGAAUUCGCGGCGGAAGGCGACGAUCGGAUAUCGUGUGCAAAAGUAUCGUACUCGUAUUGCAAUCAUGCAUUACAAAUCUUUUUCUUAAGGUAAAUCCGCAUUACAAAUUUUCUUUCUCAUGCAGAGGAAAUUUGUAAUGCAUUAAUACGAGUACGAUACUUGUGCAGUUCAUAUCGGAAGAUCUUGGAAAACCUGAAACAGCCGAAGACGGAGGAGGAAAAGUUGAUGGUAUCCUUUGCAAAACGGUGCCCACCCCAUAGUCAAGCUGGUAAUUCUGCAACACAAAUCUCCAAGUUUUGGGAGUUGUGCACGACAAGUUUCCCUCUGCAAUGUAGUUCUGGUAGCAAGAGAAGCCGCAUGAGAAAGCCGUUGCGUCAUCCUGUUUACAGCAUUACAAAUUCCAAAACACGACUGGAAAUGCCUUUGUUUCAUGGAGCUGCGCAUUACAAAUGUUCCUGUCGUUGCGCAUUUGCGUGACAACAUUGGGGUGGGGAAGUUUUUACAUAGGAUAGAUGGCGUUGGCAAAGAUUGGGAAAGUGGUCCGCGCCGGGCAGAAGCUGGAUUUCGCAAAGGAUUUCGACCGCAUUGAGAAGAAAGCGACAAUUGACGCACCGAAACUGGAGAAGAAGAUUGACCCCUUGUUAGACGACGACGACGACGCGAUCUCCGAUAUGCAGAUCGGCGAGGUGCAGGCGGCGGACGCGAAAAACUGGCGGGAACAGGACGACUUCAGGAAGAUGCGGAGGUUGAAAAAGCGCGCGAGGAAAGCGGGGCUGAAACUCGAUCGGUAUCUAUCUUUACGGCAGCUGCAAGCGAGUAAGGGUUUGCGAGACCCGCGGACCAUUAGAUCCUUAACCAUGCAUAUCAACUGCAAAAAUGUCUAGGUCUGAAAACUUGUAAUGCUGCGUUGGGAAUAGUGAAUGCUCUGUAAUGCGCAGGCAAGCAUGAGAAAUGUCUGCGCUUCUUUGUGUUGCGUCUUUCGCAUGACAAACUGCGUUUUUGCAUGACAGGCAAAAAGGGUCUCUUCUUGGACACGCAUCACAAACUUUUUGGCCAUGCCAGACAAGCAUGACAAGUCUCGCAAUCGUCCAGACCCAGAUAUUUUUGCAUUUGAUAAUGCAGGAAAACGGGGAAUUCACCAUGAAUGACGCGGACCGACCGUGGAAGGAGUCCAACGACGGGGCGCGCUACAUGGCGACGGAUCGGAAUAAGAUGAUCAAGGUGGGAGAUGACGAGCACGGCGAUUUCGAUCUGAGCAAAAUGGGCGUGGACACCAGCAAAUUGGUGGGGACGGGCCGGAUCUCCUUCCUGGAAGACACGGAAACUGUGCCGGCUUACGCGCUAGAAGGAGGGCAAGGGCAAGAUAUCAAAUGCAAAUAUGUCUGGGUCUGGAAGAGUCGGGGCUUGUCAUGCACAUUUUGCAUCACCGGUGAGGUCUGCGAUGCUGGUGCUAGCAUCACAGAUUUUUUGAGAGCUUCUUGAUGCUAAUCACGCAUGAGAAAUGCCCUCUCCGCGUGCCAAGAACUGACUCCUCUUGCUGCUCCUGCAACAUAGAUACUUUUAGAAUUCACAGACAGCAUUACAAGUUGCAUUCUUCCAGACCCAGACAUAUUUGCAUUUGAUACAAGACUCCUUGACGCAACUCGACGCGGACUCGACCAUGGACUUGCAAAAGAAAUUGCACUACGCAUUGCAAAAGUACCGUACUCGUACUAAUCACAGUCACGCAAGACAAAUCUUUUCUGUAAGCCAAAACCCCAUGACAAAUUCCUUCUGUCAUGUUGUGCUAGUUUGUAUUGCAGGCACUACUAGAACAAGUACUAUGCUUUUGCAAUGCAUAGGCAGCAGCCGGGGGCGAGCGUUACCGCCGAGGAGCGGGCACGACAGCUGUUGUCCGGCGAUGUUACCGCGGGCGACUUUGUCGAUCUGGAAGAUUCCAUGAUGGACGACAGCUUCAUAGAAGAGAGGAAAAAAGUCAUGAUCGACAAGUUCGCGCCGGUCAGCGACAAGAAGGGGGAGGUAUAGUCGAGACUUUUGAAUUCCGAUGUUUUUUUGCGUUAUUUUUCAUCAAGCACUGCAAAGCCAAAGAUAAAGAAACAGAGGAUCAUGUAGGUUUUCGUUUUGCAUGAAAAAAACCUCCCUCGUCGUCUCGAUGCAUAUGUUAGUUUACAUUUCAACCCAAUUCACCUUGUCAGCUCCUGAUGCGGCAGAUCCAGCCGAAGAAAGGCCCGGCAAAGGAAACCAUUCCGCAAUCCCCGAAGCGCGAGAAGAAGUUUCCGGCGGUAUCACAAGGAAAAAUCCCCCCUCCCCAUAUCGAAAGGAAGUUUCUGAUGCUGGAAUUGCGUAUACAAAUCAGGUUUGUCUUGCAGUAGAGGACUGCAGGCUCCUGCCAAGCCUGAGUAGAGUGCUUUGGCCUAGGCGCUUAGCAUGAGAAACGACUAUGCUGUAGGAGCAACAGCAUCACAAACCGCCUGCAUAAUGCGGCAGAGCCUGUGGAGUUGUGUUCUUGCAAGACAGACAUGAUUCGUGGUCUCAAAUCAGCAAGAUUUGGGGUUGAGAGUUCGGCGUGUUGGGGGUGAGGGACCCCCGACGGCUGGCCUACGGAUAUUAGGUGGAACUAAGGCUCAAAUCAGCAAGACAAAUUUUCGGAUACAUACCUUUUCGAUAUGGGGAGGGGGGAUUUUUCCUCUCAAUAGGCGGGGACAGAUUUAACCACGCAGCCGACGGAAUUCAACCCGAUGUCCCUCGAAGCGACGGAUCCAAAACGGUCAAUGGCAAGCUUUUCGGUCGAGCCAAAAUCACCCCAGUCGCAGCGGAUAAAAUACAAAGAAGAAUUCGAAAAAGAAGCAGCGGAGGAGGAUUACUACGACCCGAUAGAAAAAUACCCGUCUUUAAUAUGAAAUGCAAAAGCAUCGUACUAGUAUAAAUCGCAUCACAAAUUUCCUCAGCAUGAAAAAUAAAAUUUGUAAUGCGGAUUUCGCUUGAGCAAGAAACUUUUAAUGCAUGUUUGCAAUUACUACGAGUACGAUAUUUUUGCACAGGAUAUUUAAUCAUCUCCGUGGAUUUGUUCAAGGGGCACGGGGGAAGUUUAGGGUUGAAAUUCGAAGUAUCAAAUGCAAAAAUGUCUGGGUCUGGAAGAAUGCAAGUUUGUCAUGCUUGUCUGGCAUGACUCGAGAAUCUAUGUUGCAUAGGCACGAACGAGCCCUCUUAACUGUCAAGCGAAAAGGCAGUUUGCCAUGCGAAAUACGUAAGACAUGGCAGCCACUAGAUUUGUCAUGCAUAGCUGCGUAUUGCGGCGCGUCUACGAUUCACUUUUAGCAUUACUAGUCUCCAGACCCAGACAUAUUUGCAAUCCAUACGAAGACACGGAUGUGAACCCAAAUUCCACCAGAGUAAUCGGCUUUCACGACCCGGUGCAGAAGCGUUGGGGUUGGCGAAUCGGGGACGAGAUCGUCGCGAUUUUGCAGAGUAGAAGAGCGGGGGAUAAAGCGUGGUUCCCGAUCGAGAAUUUCGACCAGCUUUACAAAAGGUAUAGAAAAGUAGUUUACGAUGGUUUGUGGCUUUUACUUUUUGUGAUCGAUGCAUUGCUCCUCACAACAUGCAGUGUUCCAUUUGGGAUGCGUGACUACUUCCUAAUCAAGAAAGAUGCUCAUACCACUCACCGACAUCAAAAAUACUUCUAUCAGGUUCACGACUAUUAUGGAGAGAAAAAAGUGUGUCACAGUCACUAAGUUGCAGGUUUUGCAUCACAAAUUUUUUUAGCAUCGCAACUUCUCCUUGUAUUGCAGAAACACUAGGGAAAUCCCUUAUGAAGUGUGGCUGUGAUGCAUUUUUACGCAUGACAGACAAUUUUGUGUUGCAAAAAUGCCCAUGAGUGAUCGUGACGAACUUUUUUCUUUUGAUAACCAUCAAGGAGACGUGGCAGGAGUUCCAGGAAAACAAGCGGAUUUACUUCGGUUAUCAAAAGGAAAAAUCUCCCCUCCCCAUAUCGAAAAGGAAAUUUGUGAUGCUGGAUUUGCGUACGCAAAUCGGAUUUGCCUUGCAGUAAUGGACUGCAGGCAUAUGCCAACCCUGGGCAGCGAGGUUUUGACAUAGGCGCCUAGCAUUACAAACAUCCACGGCGUAGGCCCAACAGCAUCGCAAACCGCCUGCAUAAUGUGGCGGAGCCUGUGGCGUUGCCUUCUUGCAACACAGAGACGAUUUGUGGUCACAAUUCAGCAUUGCAGCUUUUCUAUGGUUUCCUUUUCGAUAUGGGGAGGGGGGAUUUUUCCUUACGAUAUCGGUGUCUACCGCCCCAACAUCCCGAAGGGGGAAAAAUACCCGCCCCUGCCGAUGAAACUCCAUAUGAUCACGGCACGGUAUUUGGACGACCGCGGGUCCGAUUUCGACGACAGCUCAGAGGAUGAGUACUGGCAGUUGACGGACGAUAUCAACGUGAAGAAGAAGCGAAAAACUUUGCCACGUGCGGACUGGCUGCGAUACUGCGCGUGGAAAUUCAACAUCGAGAAAGAGAACCAAGCGGUGGUGGAGUACCAGCGCAGAAUGCAGAAGAGAUUGGAUAUCGAGGCUGGGGAGGGGAAAUUCUUCCAGGACCCAGCGAAUUUGGCGGACUUUCAAGAGGUAUUUGAUACGGGUUUAGACUUCAAGGGUGUGUAAUUCUCAUUCGGAUGUUCGCAUGACAAGUCGUGCUUCUGAGUGUACUUACGCAAUGCAAACUACGACUUUAUCAUUUGUUAUCUAUCAGGUCGUCAACGUACUCGACGAAUAUGGUCGUUCCACCUACCACACCAUCCCCCGGGGAAUUGACGUGCACUUGGAGAAGCAGCGGAAGAUUGACAAGGAGAAAAAUGCGGAAAAGCAGAAGAAAUUGAAACAACGGGUAAAGAACAAGGACCAGAUUCUACCGAGCAACGAGUCCGCGGACUUCCGGACGUGGCCAAAUCCGGAGGCGGGAAAGGAUAUCACGCUGAAGUACGAUUGGCCGGGAGAAACGACGGGGUAUUUGAUGGUGUCGGAAGGGUACGACGUGGGCACGCAUCCGAUUGGCAUGUACGACGACUUUCACGCCGGGUCGCCGUAGGUGGUUGUUCGUUGUGGGGUAAGUCAUCUUGAAGUUGAAUUUUACUAUUACGUUUUGAAGAUCCCUUGCAGCAGGACUUAGCGAUUGCGAUUUUACGAUUAAAGUUAUACAGCAGAACUGAAUUUGUGAACGAAGCGAAUUUGACGCCGAUUCUGAUUGUGAUUGCGAUUUUAUGACAGAACUGACCCAACGUGGUGGGCACUUGUUACGCUGGAAAAAAAUCACGAUUCUAUGAGGUAGAAGCAAAGCAU